UUUAUGAAUCUACUCUCGCUGGUUUUCCAAUGAGGUACGAGCCAGCCUCGUGAGGCACGGGACCUUCUCUCCUCUGUCCUUGUCUGUGUGUGAAACAAUAACUGCAUUCACCAUGUUAUGCCACAUAACUCGUCCGGACUCGUUGGUUCUGGAAGUGGAGGUGGACCCAAAAGCAAACGGAGAGGACAUUCUCAAUAAGAUAUGUCGCAAAAUGGGAAUCAUAGAGGUAGAUUAUUUUGGACUUCAGUUCACCGGUACAAAAGGAGAGAUUUUAUGGCUGAAUCUCAGAAACAGGAUUUCUCAUCAGCUGGACUGUAUGUCUCCUUGCAGACUGAGGCUGCGAGUCAAGUUUUUUGUUGAGCCACAUCUAAUCCUGCAAGAGCAAACCAGGCAUUUGUUUCUGAUGCACGUCAAAGAAGAGCUUUUCAAAGGAAGCUUGCGAUUGGACGGAGAGCAGGCGAUCGAGCUCUGUGCACUGCUAGCUCAGGCAGAGUUUGGAGAUUACACCCAUAACACAGCCAACUACUGCUACUCCCAGAUAUACGGUCAAGACCCCAGCCAUGAUACUAUCAACAAUAUUUCUUUGAGGCAUAAGUCACUGGAGGGUGUUAGUCAGGCUUCAGUGGAAUAUCAAGCCUUGCAGCUGGUUUCCUCUCUUAACUACUAUGGCGUCGAGUGGCACUCUGCACGUGACUCUGAGGGACAGGAGCUACUCAUCGGGGUCGGACCAGAGGGCCUGUUUGUCUGCAAAACAGAUUUCACCCUUAUUGAAAGGAUCAUUUACCCAGUUAUUCAAAUGGCCACUCAGUCUGGACGGAAUGUAUAUGUGACCAUUACAAAAGACAGUGGGAACAGUGUGGUUCUUCUUUUUAAGUUCAUCAGUCCCAGUGCUGCCAAUGGACUAUAUCGUGCUAUCACGGAAAUCCAUGCCUUCUACAGGUGUGACACUGUAAUGAGCACAGUGAAGAUGCAAUAUAGCCGUGACUUCAAGGGUCAUCUGGCUUCCCUCUUCCUCAAUGAAAGCAUUGACCUUGGUAAAAGGUACAUCUUUGACAUCCAGCGCACAUCCAAAGAAGUAUAUGACCGAGCACGCCGAACCCUGUUCAAAGCAGGGAUGGCUGUGACCGAAUGUGGUAGUCCAAAAGACGAUUGCAGUCACUCUCCCCUGAGACAGACAAAAGCUGAAAGCAAGGAGCGGAUGUGUGGCGGAUGCAGGGAAACUUGCUUUCUGAAGGAGAAGCUCCAAAGGCUACAAGAGGCCCUGACCUGCACUCUGUGCUGCGAACAGGAGAUCAACGCUGCGUUCUGUCCUUGUGGACACAUGUUCUGCUGCUAUAACUGUGCUGGCCAACUUCAGUGUUGUCCAGUGUGCAGGUCAGAUGUGCACCGUGUUCAGCAUGUCUAUUUACCCACCUGUGCCAGUCUACUUGGCUUGGCAGAGGCAAAGACGACCACCUUCACUGUGCCCAGAGGGACUGCCAUCUCACUGGAUUGUGGCAAUAAAGAAAAUACCUGUCAGAUGUAGUAUUUCUGCUCACAAUACAGGGAUACAUUACAUACUAAGUAUCGCUUUACUGUAAUUAACUUUUUCCUGAUAAGAGAGAAAAAAAACCUAAAUUGUCAGUUACAGACAAGACAUCGAUCAAAUCUGUAAAGGGUCUACUUUUAUUUGUGUACAUUGACAAUAACAAAAAACAUUGUGCCUUUGUAAGAUCAACAAAACAACCAGUCUGGGCUUUCUGCCAUUUCCGUGAACUACUGUCUGAAACGCGUCACAAAAAUGAACCAAAACUCAAAAUCAAUAAACCAAUACUUUACACACAGACGUGAGAAUUAUUUCGAUACAAAAACUUUGAAAAACAAAUAUUCUGUGAUUAUGUAAUCUGUAUGAAACGAAGGUGAGAUACAGUCUUUCCUAUCUGAGCUCAUUAUCUGCAACCAUACCUCAACGCAAACGGCCUCAUCACCUGUAUACAAAAAUAAAUAAAAUAUAAUU